AUGACCAGUCCCCGAACUUUCACCCUAACAUUCACCGGAGAUGUGAUGCUGGGCCGUCUAGUUGACCAACUCUUCCCGGAGCACGUCAACAACCCUCAAGACGAAGCAGUUGCAGCCAGCUUCAAAUCCGAACACCCAUCUAUCCUGGGUAAGGGAAACUAUACCCCGUCCUCACCGUGGGGCACGACGCUCCCUCUCUUCCAAAGAUCCGAUCUAAACAUCAUCAACCUCGAAACGGCAGUAACAACCACCCACGAACGCUGGCCCAAUAAGAAAUUCAACUAUCGCAUGCACCCAGCUAACCUGGCGCCUAUCUUACACUCUGCUCAAAUCGAUUACGCUAAUCUCGCGAAUAACCAUGUCCUCGACUUUGGCAGUGAAGGUCUUGUUGAGACGGCUUGGACAUUGAAGAGUGCCCGAGUUACUUUUUCUGGCGCGGGCGAGACGACGAAUGAAGCGUUUAAGCCGGCGAAGUUAUUUCUACCAAGGAAGACACUGCUAAGGCAUGGCUGUAUUAGUAUUGGUACUAGUAGUGAUAGUACUGGUACUAUAACUACUAUUGCGCCAGAAAAAGACGGUGGGGUUGACUACCUCCCCGUGCACAUAUACUCCGGAUCCGAUCACCCUCAAGACUGGAGUUCGAUCCCAAAUUUUCAUCUAAUCGAUUACUCUCCGAGUACGCGAGUCCAAUUGCGCAAAUCGCUUCUGUCAAAUGGCACGAUGGAACAUCCCGACGAGACGGACUCGGAAUGUGACAUCUACCACCAUGCAGCACGCCGUCGUCACCAACUUGAACACCACAACAACGACAACGAUAGCGAGUCCACGCAAUCGAAGAGAAGCAAUGUACCCGCGUUAAAGAUCUUCUCCAUCCACUGGGGUCCAAACUAUAAGUGGAAACCAGCGGAUGAAAUCUGGUCAUUGGCGCAUUUUCUGAUUGACGAGUGUGGCGUUGAUAUAGUUCAUGGCCAUUCUUCUCAUCAUGUCCAGGGGGUGGAGAUUUAUCAGGGGAAAGUGAUUAUUUAUGGGUGUGGGGAUUUUGUGGAUGAUUAUGCCCUGAAUCGGGAGUUUCGGAAUGAUCUUGGUGCUGUGUGGAGAGUUAUUUGUCGUGAGAUUGGAAGGGACGGGGAGCAAAAUGGGCCUUCGGGUUUGAUUCCGGUGAGGUUGGAGAUAUUUCCUACGCGCAUUGAUAGGUUUAGAGCUAUGUUGCUGAACUCGGGGGAUGUGGAUCAUGUUUGGGUUCAGGGGAGGAUUAGUGCGCUUAGUCGGGAUUUUGACACGCGGGUGCGUGGGGAGCUUGGGGAAGAAGGGCAAAUUAUUGUUGAUAUUGAGUGA